GUUAAGACGAGAACACCGAGGGGAGAACGACUGUGACCACCUCGCAACUUUUGGGGGCCACCAAAACACGCUCCUGCCCGAAAAACUCUAAUGAAAUACACCUCAAUGUUUUCUCAGAAGACGUAGGAGUUGACGUUAAAGUCGCUUUUUGAAACUGGAGCUGCUUCCUUGUUCGGCAACGGGGUGAAAUAUCUGAACAUCCUCACAAAGAAACUUUGCUUGCUAGGCUGCUAACUCGCACACAAGCCCGAAAAAAAGUAUGAUCAACGCCGAAGACUUGAUCUCAAGCUGUUAGUCGCGUCUCAUCUGUCGACUGAAGUGUUUCUGGCAGUUGCAUUUACUUCGAAAUGGUUUUCUAAAUGACUCAAGACAGAUUUUUGUAACGGUUUUGAGUAGUCAUCAUCACCAGUGGAGGAAGGGUUGCAGCUGGUAAUUUAGCCAGCCGCACAGCGCCCCCAGGUCUCUUCCAGGCAGCACAUCCAUUACUAUUUUCAGUUAGUCAGGAGCCAAGUAGCCCCAGAUCUGUUACUGGAGCGAUGUCUGGCCGAAGUGGAGUUGGACAGACCCGGGGAGCUACUUUGGGUCCACAGCCCCUCAAGGCUACUAUUCCCUAUCAGCUGGCCAGCAAGCCUCGACCCAGCCGGAGAGAUGGGAAGUCAGCUGGAAAGGCCAAACCGCACCAGCUGAGCUCUGGCAUGAGGCGGACAAUGUCUCUUGACGCCAUCAUUGGGCCGUACCUGCAGGGACACUGGCCGAAAGAACCGGAGGGCCUGAGCAGCCCGUCACGCAAGGAUAAAUCCACCCAGACUCCAGACUCGUGGUCAGAUAAAUCCCAGAGCGAGAGAGGUAGCACCAACCACAAACGAUCGGCGUCAUGGGGCAGCGCUGAGAAUUUGCGAGAGAUCGCUAAACUAAAACAACAGCUGCAGCAGCAGCGCAGCAAACCUGCAAUCUCAGGGGGGCAUGACAAAGACCGCCAGCGUGGCUAUCCUCAGGGGAGCUGCAGCCUAGGAACUACUCAGUUGUUUUCGUGUCCUCAGACUCAGCCAAUUCCCAUCCCUCUCGCUCCCCUGUCUACACUGGUCCCUCGACUGCGCUGCAGUGUGGAGGGCCUCAACCAGGAGCUGGAAGGCAUGUUCAUCUGCCAGCCACAGCACCCCCAGCACAGGCUCCUUGAGGUUCCAGAUGGUCACCGGGCUCCAGUCCCUCCACAGAGCUGCAGCAGUGGAUCUCAGAGUGACCCCGCCACCACACCCCUGUCCUCAUCCUCCUCCUCACCCAGCUCCCCUCCCACCUACAUCUCCACCUCCCCACCCAGCUCUGAAGAUGCACUUCCAGAUCUGCACCAAGGUUUGAUUGACAGUGCAGAGAUGUGCCUCCUGUCUCCGCUCUCCUCCCAGAAUGAGGCUGACCACUCCCUGCCUCUGCCGAUGUCAUCCUCCCCAGGACCCAACAAAAGUUGCUGCUUCCAGCGAGAGCCUCCGGAGGGCUGCGAGAAGGUCCGAGUCUGGGAGGAAACCGGCGCUCCACACCAACUCAAGCCAGCCCUCAUCUCCUCCUGCCCAGACCCCAACAAGGUAAACUUCAGCCCCCACGGGGGCUCCGCCUUCUGCCCCGUGAGCCUCCUCAAGCCCCUGCUGCCCUCCAUGGACCUGUUGUUCCGCAGCCUCUCCGUCUCUCCAGCAGGCGGCUGCUCGAGCCAGGGGACGAGCUCCUGCCAGGCGACGUCCUCCGGCAACCGGGCCGCCGCCGCCCCAGAUCCUGCGGCCGCUGCCGCUGCCGUGGGUGAAAGCUCAGGAGAGGGCCUCGCUUUCUGAUCGCAGCUGUGGAUUCUUUCCUGCGGAAAAUGCGUGACGCAAAUAAUUCAGCGUUCUGGGACAGAUUUGUUGAUGUUGCUUUAUUUUAGGGAAGGACGUUCCUUUUCUAUACAGGUUUCAAGUAAUCUUAUGUUGAAAAAUAAGAAUAUUGGGGGGAACUAAUAUCGUACUUUUACACAAUCAAAAUAGAUAUGCUCUGUGAGCUGCUCGUUCUGGGUUUCAUUGACAUUCCUAAAUUAAGCCCUUUUUUUGGUUUUGUUUUUUCAUAAUCCAAAGAUGUAUUUUUGGCCAAACAUGAGUGCAAGAGACUGUGACCGUCUUAUGGCAGGACGUCUCUCGUGUUCUACUUUUAACUCUACCUGAGAUGGGAGUCAGCCUCACUCGCCGCACAUUUUUUUUUCUGUUCCCCUAAAGACGCUAAGACGUACACUUACUAUCAAGACCAAUUUUUAAACUCUGACCGUGGUGUGUCAUCUCUGGACAGAAUGCUAGCAGUCUGGGUCAAGUAAAGGGGAAAAAAAAGGCCCUUCUCUCAAAAGUUUGGUUGUUUUUAAGUAUACAGAGAUAUAUAUCUGCAGUUCCUCUUAAAUGUUUUGCCUAACUUGACCCUACACCUGUUGCUGGUGUACAAAGCAUGACAAAUCAGUUGGGUACUUUUUAUUUACCUGAUCAAACACACACACACACACACACCCACACACACACACAAAACAGGACACAAUGAAAUCACAUCUUGAUUAUUGUAGACGAGAGAGAAUUUUUCCAGUGGUUGGACUUGGGUAGCGUCGAUACCUAAAGUCUUCAGCUCCCGCAUUCCUGCUUUAAAACUUUUACAGAUGUUAUUUUUGUUACCUUGUUUACUUCCAAAAAAAAGUAUCUUGUGCACGUGUUAACAGAUGAAAACCUGUUAUUCCUUGAUGUUAUAGAAGCGUGCUUGAUGGUAUGUUUAUAGUUUUGAGGUUUCACAGCCUUGUCGGCUACCUAACCAGUUUUAGUGGUGUAGAUUUGUCAUCCUUAAUGUUUUGUUAAUCUCUGAAGACUUUUUUUUUUUCUUCUUCUGCCAAGCUGACAAGUUGAUGUUCAGAUAGUUUUAUUUCUGGUAGACAUGUUUGCACAAAUUGAACUGCUACUUUUGAGUCGCAAUUCUUAUUUUUAUAUUCACUUUUGUACUUUAAGAGUAGUAAUGUGUAUUUUCUACAUCUUUUUCAGUUACCUGCAACAUAAGCUAAAAAAAAAAAAACCCUGUUACUUUUAGUUUUGUUCUGUCAGUAUAAUU